CCAAGUCAUACCGAGAUCAUUCGCCUUUGACGUUAACGAAAAAGCUCAUAAAUAAGUGUUCGAUAUCGUGUGUUAUUUGCGUACUUGUUAAAUAAAUUUCAUCACAAUUACGUCCAUUAAUCAUAUGAGUUUGCAGUGAAAGUAAAUAAAUGGAAAAAACAUAUAUAUGUUCGAUCUUUAGAUCGAGAAUGAAAAGUAUUGAAGGACGAUCUGUAUGUUAAAAAGGAUUCCUACCUUACCGACAAGAAUAAUCGAUCGUGUUGUAUGAUGAUCGAGAAAAAAAUUUUCAAAGCAUCGUUCUAAGAAAUAAUAUAGGACGUUCAUCGUUUCUAGAGAAAGAGAGAGAGAGGACAAAAUAAAACGAAGAAAGAAAUAAUGAAAAACUUCAUCAUAUCGUAUCAAUUGAAUCGAUAUCGGAGUUGUUCGUUGAUGAGAUUAGUCAUCGCGGCGAGCAGCGCGUCCUUGAAAAUUCCGGCAUGACUCGAAUGAAAAAGACGUCGCGUCGUAGGUGUAUGUCGAGGACGAUGGGAAAUAUAACGAGGAGAGGAAGGACAAGAAGCAACGUACGUUAGUCGAUUUUUUUUUAAAUUGAAGAGACCAAAUUUUCCUUUCUUUUACGUUACUCAAAUAAUAUUGCAAACAUUUAUAUAAUAUAUUUCGACGAAAAUUACGUUCUGUUUACAAAAACAAAAAAAAAAAAAGAAAAGAAAAGAAAAUUAUAAGAGAAAUUUAAUACCAUAAUUUGCGAUUAAUCUUUUUACGAAGGAAAAAAUAUACAGGAAGGAAGAAUUUCUAGGCUGUCGUCAUCAUGAUUAUUUAUUAUUAUUAUUUUAAUUAUCGUUAUAAUAGAAUACAAACGAUGUGAUAACUACGAUAUGGUCUAUAAUCGUAUCAUGUAGUUUCUAAAUGUUUGGAAGAUCGUUAAAAAAAAAAAAAAAGAAACGAAAAGAAAUAAGUUCUAAAAAAUAAUGUCAUUAAUGUUUUGUAAAGCGAUAUAUAGGCGUUUUCGAUUUUAAAAUCUAAUUUAUUACCAUCGGAAGAGUCUUGACAAAAGUACAUAUUACGUCCAUUAAAUGUCAAAGUCGUCAUAAAUCUUGUACGCAUUGAAUUAUACGAAGAAAAAAAAAGGAAACAUGGAAUAUAUUAUGCAAAUCUAAAACGUUUUGGGUUUACAUUUUAAACGCAAACAUUUUUUCUAAUUGAGAAUUAAUAAAGAAACGAAUUAAUAAAGAAAUAAUUUCUUUUCGAUCCGAACAGAAUGAAUUAUUUAAUAAAUAUGAAAAUAGAAAACGAUUGGAUACGAGUAAGAAAAAAAGAAUAAUAAAAGGAAAUUCUAGUGUGACGAUAUAAUUGAUGAUUGAAAUGAUAGAGAAAAAGAGAAGGUGCGUUCACUUCUAAUUUCUAAAAGAAUCGACGGACUACGUACAUACAAUUAUCAGACCCCGUUAGCCGGGGGCGUUCCUUCGGUUCACACCUGUCGGACUAGUAGAGGCCACCGCUCUAACAAGAUAUCGAGCUAGCACAUAUUCCAAUGGAAAGUUUCGUUUCGAUGAGAACGCUUAGUCGACCGUUCGGGAUAGUCCGGAACGCCACGCGACGGUGUUCGAUUGCGUUUCGGCGGCAUCGUUCGUCGAUCAUCGUCAUUCCGUCAAAUAGAAAGUCCACUUUUGGCAUGUAAAAGGGGACCGGAAAGGUACCGGAUAGAAUUAUUCGUAUUCUAUCGUCCGCAUACGAAGGAGGAACGCGAACAGGAUGUAAUAAGGAUGUCCGCAUUGAUCGAAAGCUUAGUAAAGUAAUCGUGUCAUUUUUCGAAUGUUUUAAUCACACGUCUAUUAUAUAUACCUUUACCACAUAUUAUAUAUAUAUAUAUAUAUAUAUAUAUAUAUAUAUAUAUAGAUAUAUAUGCGUAUAUGUAUAUAGAUAGGCGUAAACCGUAUUUGGAAGAAAGAAUCAAUUUGAUUUUCGAUUCUGUUUGCUUCGACGAUUAAUUAUUUUUCUUCGAAGACACGUACUUUAUACGUAUAAAACUCAUAUAGGUGCUUAGUUAAAAUACGAAAUGAACUUUAUGUACGUCUGAUGAAAUAUGCGGUGAAGAUACAGAAUACGAAAUGAAAUGAAACAGUCAUGUCGGAAGGAGACACGCACAUAAUGCGAAUUGCAGAAGCGAGAAUGCUCGGGGAGAAAGUGUGACUUUCGUCGAGAUAGAAGGACACCGAUAAGACUCGUUCGAAAGUGAUCAAAGGAAGAAAAAGGAAAAGGAAGAUAUUGAGAAAAAAAAAUAUAUAUAUAUAUAUAUAUGUAUAUAUUUUCCGCCUUGAUUCAUAUUUGAGGCGAGGAAUGUGAGAAAGUACGAAACGUCGUCUUCCGUGAAAAAUACAAGUUUUUUUUUAGUGACUUUCAAAGUAUUCGCUGUGAAUGAAUACGUUGAGACCGUGCGGAGAACUACUAUAAAUCGUCCUCCGAAAGGAAAUAUUAACAGAGUGCAUUUUGAUGAUAUUCGCGAGAAAAAAAAAAAAAUAAAUAAAUAAGUAAAAACUAUUGUUUUUUGAACUGUUCGCAUUCAAAUAGAUAAAGAAAUGGUUUAGUGUGCGUAUUACACGCUAUCAAGAUCUGAUAUGUAAAUUUCGCAUAGUAUAUAUCUGUUUGUUAAAUAAGUUAUAAAUGUUAAUGAAUUGGACUGAUAAAGAAAAAUAAAUGUAGUAAAGCAUAAUUUGAAAUGAGACAAGAAAGAAAGGAAAAUAAUAAAAAAGGAAAAAACAACAGUUAUAAGACACAUAGAACGUAAAAGGAUCGAUCGAAGAGAAGAGAUAAGAAAACGAAAAAAAUGGAAAUUAAUUAAUUUGCGGAGGUUGUAAAGGUGUUUUACCAAAGAGUUUUAUCGUAACAAUACAUUCGCUCUAACGCGUAGAGGAGCUUGAAAGCCCCGGUAAAAGGGCGCAACUCCUCGAGUGGCCCAUUUCCCGUUAUCGUGAUAAACUCUUUGACAAUCGGUUCGGUGCUCGACAAAAACUGGGGUGAAUCAGUUGCUUCGCGGUACUCAAACGCGAUGAAUGGAGCAAUCGCGAUGCCGUCGCCGUUGUCAUCGGCGUCGUCGUCGUCGUCGUCGUCGUCGUCAUUGUCAUUAUCAUCGUCAUCCUCGUCGUCGUCGUCGUCGUCGUCGUCCUCUUCCUUCUCCUCCUCAUCGUCACCCUCCUCCUUUUUCUCCUCCACCACUUUCUCCUUAUUCUUCUCCUUCUCUUCUUUCUUCUCCUCCUCUACCUCUUCCACCUCCUUCUCCUCCUCCACCGCCACUACCACCAUCUCACUAUUAUCGUCGUCUUCCGGCUGAUCGCAAGAGCGCCUAUACGAGGAAUAAUAAAAUGGACGUGGAGCUGGUCACGCGAGCAUCCUUGACCUCCCUUCAAAAUGUAGACGAUGGCCGUGUCGUCUCGCCCAACAGCCUCGACGAAUGGACUUGGUCCAGUUUAAGAAAACAAUUCAAAUACAAAAACUUGGAAAAACUCUAUACCAGCUAUCAAAGGAGACUUCAAUAUGGUUACCUCUCGCUCUUCGUACUGGUCGAAAUAAUUUUGGGAUUUGUCUAUUGUUUUGUGUUAAUCAUGAUGGUAAACAUCGAAGAAUGCUUUCCAGACGUGAUAGUCCACAGUAUAAUAGGCGCCUUACUUUGUCCCACGAUAGCGCUCUCAUUCAGAUCAAAAAUCAUCGCGAAGAAUACGUAUUUGCCAGUUUUGCUCUCGUGUUUGGUAGUCACGCUCUUGGUGAUCGGUGAUCUUAUGGUACCACUCUAUUACACUCUUGCAUACACCGAAGAUAUAGCACCGAUACGUCCUACAUAUGCAACGCACACGCUACUAGCAUGUUACGUCUUUCUACCACUAACGGAAAAUCUGCACGCUUUCGUGCUCGGCAUUACAGCGACGAUGUGCUACUUGGCUACUCUGUUCCUCAUCACUUAUAGGAAUACACCUGAUUACAUUAGCAAAAUAACCACCGACGCCAUAUAUUACGUUUGCGUUAAUGGCCUGGGUCUUUACUUUAGAUUCAUGAAUGAGGUCGUCAUACGACGAUCUUUCCUUGAUCGUCGAAAAUGCGUCGAGACGACGUUGAAGCUAAAUUAUGAAAAGGAUCAAGAGGAACAACUUACACGGAGUAUUCUUCCCCAGCACAUAGCUGCAAGAAUAAAGAAGGACUUCCGGGAUAUUUUUAAAUUUAUGGAAGAGCACAAAAAGGCACCACCAAAAGGAAGACCACGAAAUGAUCUCUGCGUCGAAACGCACAAUAACGUUUCCAUUUUGUACGCCGACGUGGUCAAUUUUUCUGGCUUAACUCUCUCGUUACCCGUGCGAAAACUAGUCGAAACUCUAAACGACUUGUUUGGUAGUUUCGACGAAGCAUCUGAGAGGCAUAACGUAUUACGGAUAAAGUUUUUGGGCGAUUGCUAUUAUUGUGUCAGCGGUGUGCCCACGCCGAACUCGCAACACGCCAAAAACUGCGUCGAUUUAGGCCUCGAUAUGAUAAGGAUUAUCAAAGAAGUAAGAACCAGGGUUCGUCGAGAGAGCGGUGUAGAUGUUAACAUGAGAAUCGGUGUUCACUCGGGGAAUAUAAUAUCCGGAAUUUUAGGCGCGAACAAGUGGCAAUAUGAUGUAUGGUCGCGAGACGUUGUGAUAGCGAAUAAGAUGGAACAAACUGGUAAACCUGGAAAGGUUCAUGUUACUCAACAGACAUUGGAUCUCAUUAAUGCCACCGAAUACGACUGCGUACCAGUUGAAGUAUUGAACGAUGAAGUUCUUAAUAAAUAUGGCAUUCGCAGUUACUUAAUUACACCCGUUCCGCCAGAUACAUUGUUAAUGCAGAACAGCGAGAACACCUUGACGGUAAUUACACCGGAUACUUCGGCACCAGGCUAUAAGCAUUACGUCAAGUUCUUGACUAGUGCACGACCAAGUGUAUCGUCAAGUGCACGGAGACGAUUGACCUCACCGACUAGCGAUCACGCAGAUGUAUUUGCCGGUAGUUACAGACGCAGAACUCACUUCAUGGAUUCCUGUUUGAGGGAUUAUCAUCUUAUGCUUAAAGCUGCAGACGCGGAAAUGGAAAAUGCAAUUAAGCAGAUGCCGCUUAGCAAAUGGCACAAACGUGUUUCCAGGCAAUGGACCAGAUGGGAACAUAUCAAUCCUAUUUUCCUCACGUACAAACAAUGGAAUUGGGAGAUACCGUUUCUGCGCGAGCCAGAUCCCCUUUUUAAAUUUUUUGUCGCAUGCGCUGUAUUUGUACUUUUCUUCAUGGGCCUUAUAUCACUUGUAACAGCGAUCACGCUAUCAGAGUGGCAUACCGGGACGGCCAUCGGUUAUACGAUAAGCAUGUUGUUUCUACUAACGCUAAUGCCUCUUACCUGGAUGCACUUCGCAUGGAAUCGUUAUAAAGAUCCACACGAUGAGGGAAACGUACCAAAUCCUCGUAACAAAUUGAUAUACUUCCUGUAUCAAACGAGCGUCAAGAUUGUUUGGAGCGCAUUGCUCAGGAUAAUUCUCUAUCUUGUAAUGACCAUAAUGUUAGCGACGUGUGCUAUGUUCGAUAUGAUUUUCGAAUGUCAGAACGUGGACAAAUUGGCGAGCGAUAACGUAACGUCUAGUAUAGCACAAGUGGGGGCAGCAAAACUUGAAUGUAUUUCUACACCCUGGGUAAGAUUGUUUACAAAUGACAGAAACCUGCUCUUUGGCGAUUCUUACGAGUUUCCUCUUCCUAAGAGUGCAUUACUUUCUAAAGUUACUGAUAGGUAUUGUAAUGGUAAUAUUUUAUACAUGGAACGUUUGGAUAUAUCGCAGCAAUAUAUUCCAGGCGAAACAUGGAAUCCAUAUUUGGAACCAAGAGUGGCACACAUUUUAAGCGUUGUUUUUCUCACAUUCUCGCUUCAUCUUAUUGAUCGUCAGGCAGAAUACUUGAGCAGAUUAGACUAUCAAUGGAAACGACAAUUGACACUGGAACAGGACGAAGCUUUUCACACGAGAAAUGCUAAUAAAUUAUUACUCCGUAAUAUUUUACCAGAACACGUUGCGGAAUUCUACUUAAAUAUGGAUAGAACGGAAGGAAAUGAACCGUAUCAUCGUGCACAUCAUAAUGUCGCCGUAAUGUUUGCGUCCUUAACAGAUCUAUCGAUUGACGAAAGCAAUAUCCUUAUAGACCUGAACGAUAUCAUAUGCAAAUUCGAUAAGUUGUUAUUCGAGCCGUACUACGUUUGUCGUAUUGAAAAAAUAAAAAUAGCAGGAACAACAUACAUGGCAGCUUGCGGCCUUGAAUCUAACCGUCGCGAUUCUAUGCAUAGCUUAGAAAGUGACGAAAGUUCUAGUGAUAACGUGGUCAAAGUUAUGGCCGAAUUUGCAGCACAGAUGAUGGUAGUCCUAGAUAGAAUAAAUUCCGAAUCUGUUUCGUCCAAACCAUACAGAUUGAGAAUUGGCAUAUCGCAUGGUGAGGUUUCAGCUGGUGUUGUUGGAGCACAUAAACCUCUUUAUGAUAUUUGGGGAGACGCCGUUAAUAUGGCAUCAAGAAUGGAUACUACAGGAUUGCCAGGCAAAAUACAGGUAACAGCUGAAACUGCUAAUGUGUUGGAACAACAAGGUGUUAAAUGUCACUUACGUGGUGAAACGUGGGUUAAACCAAAAGGAUAUGUCACGACAUAUUUUGUAGGUAUUGACGAAAGGAAACAACUUCAGAGAACAGAUUCCAUAGAAGAAACUAGUCUCUAACCUAUAAUUUAAAUGAAAUUAUUUGAUAGAAUUGAUUUUAAAAGUGAUUUAAAUAUUCACUUCAAAUAAUUUGAAGAAUGAAAUUACUUGAAGAAUGAAAUAUCAAAACGCACAAAAGAAUCAUAACGUACAGUGGGACAAACACCAAAGACAGCUCAGGAAGAAUGAAAGAUAGCAUAAAUAAUUAAGGAAUAGAGAAGUUGCUAUAGUAUUAUGUCCAAUCUAUGAAUACAACAAAUAUGAUUGUUCAGUUUAUCUCAUUC